GCAUUUUGAAUGAGUAGCCAUUUAUCGACAAUGACUUGUUACAUGGUGGAUCUGCUAGUAACGGCAACUCCCUCGAAUGGGCGCGGCAUUUGUAAGCGCCCAGCUGAUUCAGUGUUCACUGAGACAUCUACCCCGCAGCGACGUCAUCUACAUUGACCUACCUACAACCUACAAGUACAAUGAAAGAAGACUACAAGACUGACAAUGGUCCACCCCCACCAUAUUCCCAUCGUCCGCCUCCCUCAGGCACCCGAAUCCCGUUGCACUUAAACUCUACCUUCCCUAAUCCCGCAAACACCAAAGAACCCCCAUGCUACGACGCAGACGGUCUUUCUCCCAUCUUUAUUGGAUCUGCAAUCUUCCAGCGCUCCGUUCAUCCAUGCAAGAUUGCGCCCCAUCUUCCAAUUCCCUGCCAUGUGCCAUAUGGUUCUACCGAGGUAGAGCAUGAAGGGCGGUACGACCUUCUGCCAUUUGACCCGGCGACCAUGGAAUGGGUUCGUACGAGUCACGGUCGUAUUCCUUAUGGUCGGGAUCCUGUUGAUGGGGGUUAUGAAGAGACUGGGCAGCAUUUGUAUCAUGCAAUGGGUCGCGUAAACGGGACCUUGGUUCCUGGUAAGACAGGAGAACAUCUUGUGCGUAUUCUUAUUCUACUUGAAGCCAUCCUACGAUAUCUGAGUUCCUAAUAGGGAGGAUGCCAUGUUGCAUUUGGUGGUGGAGAGCACAUCAUCACAAAUGACUAUGAUUUAUUGUGCUGGAGGAGUGCAGCCUGUCGUCCAUCUCUCU